AUGGCAGUUCCUCGACACAAUAGCGAGUCUACGGUUGACGUCGGUCUUCUCAGCGGGCGCACGAAAGGUCUAGGUAGUCUCAAAACACCUCCUUCAAUCGCUGUUUUCCAAAACUCGGAACCCUUACACAGCCUCUACCGUCGUGAUUUCAACGACGUUCCCAAAACCCUAAGGCAGUGUUUGGCUCUCACCUCCGUUGACGAUUUGCGUGUCUCUUGGCAAACAUCGCUAAAGCCAUGUCGAUGCGGAAGACAGCGGCAUUUGUGA